GGCUCCCUUAUUUUCCUUGAAUUUUUAACCAAUUUUGUGGUGGUUUUUGUGAUGGAUUAAAUCAACUCGUUAAUAUCAAAUCCGUAAUAAUUGUUUAUUGAAAUUGGUUUUGUACAUCCUUUUCUGGAAACUUUUGGCAUUCAUUAUGUAUCUCUCUCUCAUCCAGCGCGCUUUUAUGAUGUGCAAGCAACUGUGAGAAAUCACAUUUUCAUUUUGAUUUUUUUAAAAUCUACUGCUUUUAUUUUUUUGUUGUUGUUGUUCAGUGAAUUGUGUUGGGUAGUAGUUUUGAAUUAAUAAACUUAUUAUUUCUCCAAAAGAAAUACAAAUAGUAUUAUAUUAUUACCUCCAUUGAGUUGGCGCCGCGGUGAGAAAGAAAACCCUAAUUUCCUCUUCUACAUUGAGGUCAAGGGCGAAGGGUGAUCCAGACAGAGGGCCGGGUUUUUCACAAAUGGUCACUUUCCGGGAUGCAGUUCCACCAGUAUCAAGUUGUUGGGAGGGCUCUCCCAACGGACAGCGAUGAGCAUCCCAAGAUUUACAGGAUGAAGCUUUGGGCCACCAAUGAGGUUCGGGCCAAGUCCAAGUUCUGGUACUUCCUGAGGAAGCUGAAGAAGGUUAAGAAGAGCAAUGGCCAGGUCCUUGCCAUCAAUGAGAUUUUUGAAAAGAAUCCAACCAAGAUAAAGAAUUAUGGUAUUUGGCUUCGCUAUCAAAGCCGUACCGGUUAUCACAACAUGUACAAGGAGUACCGUGACACUACUUUGAAUGGAGCUGUUGAACAGAUGUACACUGAGAUGGCUUCUCGGCACAGAGUCAGGUUCCCUUGCAUUCAGAUUAUCAAGACUGCAACCAUCCCAACUAAGCUAUGCAAGAGGGACAACACCAAGCAGUUCCACAACUCUAAAAUCAAGUUCCCCUUGAUGGUCAAGAAGGUGAGGCCACCUACCAGGAAGCUGAAGACAACCUAUAAGGCAUCAAGGCCCAACCUGUUUAUGUAACUUGUAUGUUUUGAUGAAGGAGAGUUAAGAGGUUGUUCGAUUUUUGGAAUUUUUGGUAAGUGAAUCUCCAUUAGUUUGUUGAUCAGAUAUUGUUUCAUUCGAGAAGCCUAGGUUGUCAGACAAGUUGAACCUGGGUUCUUUUCUGGGGCUCAUUUUUGUUCUUAUAAAUGUUGGUAUUGUUAAGUUAAGUAUAAUUUAAUGUUAAAAUUC